AUUCGAAACUGAGGUUACUCUUAGUGCGCGGUGAUUUCAACAUUGCCACUCGAGGUUAGCAAACAGAUUCACGUCAAUGCCAAACAUAAAGGUGUUUUCUGGCAGCUCAAAUCGAGACCUGGCUCAAAAGAUAGCCGACCGUAUUGGCUGUCGAUUAGGAAAAGUUACUUCUAAAAAGUUCAGUAAUCAGGAGACAAGUGUUGAGGUUGAGGAGUCAGUCCGCGGGGAAGACGUUUAUAUAAUACAAACUGGCGGCGGAGAAGUCAAUGACAACCUUAUGGAACUACUCAUAAUGAUUAGCGCCUGUAAGAUCGCUUCAAGUUCCCGAGUGUCCGCAGUCAUCCCCUGUUUCCCAUACGCAAGGCAAGACAAAAAGGAUAAAUCACGCGCUCCUAUCUCUGCAAAAUUAGUAGCUAAUAUGCUGUCAGUUGCCGGAGCUGAUCAUAUCAUAACGAUGGACUUACAUGCCAGUCAAAUCCAAGGAUUUUUCGAUAUCCCUGUUGAUAAUUUGUAUGCUGAGCCUGCAGUUAUCAAAUGGGUCAAAACAAAUAUACCAGAAUGGAAAGAUUGUUGUAUUGUUAGUCCAGAUGCUGGUGGCGCUAAAAGAGUAACUUCAAUCGCGGAUCAGUUAAAUGUUGAUUUUGCCUUGAUUCACAAAGAACGGAAACGUGCAAACGAAGUGGAUCGUAUGGUUCUUGUUGGAGAUGUAAAUAACCGUGUCGCUAUCCUGGUUGAUGAUAUGGCAGAUACAUGUGGAACGAUAUGCACUGCGGCAGACAAAUUGAUUGAAGCUGGCGCUGAGCGUGUUUACGCUAUCUGCACUCAUGGUAUAUUUUCAGGCCCAGCUUUGGAGCGAAUUAAUAAGUCAGCUUUCGAAGCUGUCGUUGUAACAAAUACUUUGCCACAAGAAGAAAAUAUGCGGAAAGCUCCUAAAAUUCAGUGUAUUGAUGUAAGCACUAUGUUGGCUGAAGCUAUUCGUCGAACACAUAAUGGUGAAUCUGUCUCCUAUCUAUUUAAUCAUGUCCCUUUGUAACAACAACAAUAAUAAUCCUGAAUCAAUCACCUCCCAAAUGACAAAAUAAGUGAAAAACUAGAAAAGAUUGUUUUCUUUAUCACUAUCCACUUUAUAUUUGUAUUUUCAGCAUGUUAAGAUUUUUUUUCUUUUGAAAACUUCUAUAUUUUCUAGUCUUGUUCCAUUUAAUCUAAUGUAUUUUGUUCAUCGAACUAUUCCAUAUUGAAAUAUCUUUAUUCAUCAUUAAAUGCUUCGAAUGUCGUUUUUUUUCGUAACAGAAAAUAAUUGAUUUACCUUUAACGUGAUUAGUUUUGAUUUGGUUUGGUUUGAUUGUUUGUUUUUUAUCCUCCUUUUUUCUUUUUAGAGAAUCCAAUAGUCUUCUUUUAAAGUCUUUUGUAAUAUAUUCUGUUGCUCGUAUACGUAAUUAGUAUUAUUACUUGUAAUCUGUCGAAAACAUAACCCUGUAAUCCUGAAUAGAUCCGCGAUUGGAGGCAACAAACUAUUGUGAACAGCUGACUGAAUUGUAUUAAGUUUUUGAUUGAGAUCAUGAACCGAUUGGUGUUAGACCACCAUUGAAAACCUGGAAGCACUGGACGGUCGUUUCAUCCUAUUGUGGGACUUGACCAGUGGAGCUAAUGUAUGUCAGGCAGAGGCAGGUAUCUACCUAAGUACAAUGGGAGAUGGUCGCGCAAUUUCUUGGAUUGGCUAAUGUUAGACAUUUAUACCGUUGGAUGCCGGCCAUCUUAGUGGUCUAGAGGUUAAGCGUUUGCGUGCGAGACCGAAGGCCCUGGGUUAGAAUCCCGUGAGCGGGAGGAGUCUCACAGUGCUUCCAGGUUUUCAAUGGUGAUCUAACAUCAAUUGGUUUAUGAUCUCAAUCAAAAACUUAAUAAUCUCCACAAUCCUAUACUGAUGAAUUUUAUUAAAUUUGAGACUGAUGGACAGUAAUAUGCAAAGGUUUUACUUACCAUUAGAAGCACUGUAACAUCUAUGAUUGCUGUCACGUAGCCCGAUCCUCUUUAAAAGUGUUCAUUCUUGUUGUUUAGCUUUUACAUACGUUUUCAAGACAAUGGUUUUCUUAUGAAGGUUAUUUAACUAGCACUAAAUAUUCCCGAUAUUUUUCCGGUGAAUUUCAGGUCAUUUUAAAGUAUCUGAUCAUUUAACCUUUUCGUUCUGAUUCCAAUUAUAUUUAUGACAGUUGGCCAAAACGUUUUAAGUGAAUUCGUAUAUGCCCAUUAUAAUUUUCAAUGAUCAUUAAGAAGUUAUGUUCAAGUAAAUAAGUUUGAUCCAACCUUUGGGUAUAAUAAAAGUAAAAUGAGUUUUUAAAUAGCUGCUUCAUAUAAACUUGAAGCUAGAAUUAAGUUUAUAGUCAAACUUAGAUUAAUCAUGUUCCCUCAUAGCGAAGGAAAUCAUUGCCAAUCUAUCUGAAGUUUGGUGGUGUUUUCCUAAUAUAUUAGUAUUAAAGCCCCCUUGUAUCAAUAUUCAUGUGUUAAAAUAAAUACAUGGGAUCACAGCUCUCUGCCCUGGUACGGCCGAGGGUGAGGAGAGUUAGUUCUCUCUCUUGAAGUGCUCCCACAUGCCAUGCGUAUACAGCCACUGUCAGGAAAUUCCAACUCACUGCCUUCUCACGGCGGGGGCGUUGUUUACGAAAUUGUGAAGAAGAAAAACGAAUAUUUAGCUCUUUAACCGGGAGUUGGAAAACCCUGACCCCUAACCAAUGGUGCACAUUGGCUCUAGUAACCUGAAGGAACAAAUGGCGUAUGAAUCGAUCGUUGGUCACUGGCUACCAUGACGUUGCUCCAAUGCCUUGUGGAUUAGACUUUUAGGUCGAAGGCUCCGGGUAUGGCCCCCUAAGAAAACCACCUGUUUCUGUCUGGGCAUGCGGGCAGUAUCACAGCCCACACAUAAAUCGUGUGACUUGUGUGUCGCAUAUGUAUUCGGUGCUCCUUUUCUACCAAUACUUAUAUGUUCAUAUAAUAUAUAAAAAAUAUAUAUAUAUGAAAGUGUGAGCUGAUUUCUGUUUUCAGCACAACCAUUAACAAUCAAAACGUUAGUCAGGUGAACUGACCGAAUCGUUUCUUUGCGAAAAGCCAACUUAUUUCAUUGAACUGUUAUCCUUCAUUUACAGAAUGAAUCAGAUGAGCAAACCCAAUGCAAUAAUAAGACCGAUUAGCUUGUACUCCGAUAAGGUUAAUUCACACUCGUCAAUUAUACGCUUGUUAUCAGAAGGGGUUUUGUGGAGAUAUUAGUAAUUUUAUAGUUGAAUUCAUGAGUCGAUUGAAGCUAAACCACCAUGGAAAACCUGUAAGCAGUGGACGGCCGUUUCGUUCUAUUGUGAGACUCCUCUGUGGUGCGCAUCCACGACCCCGCCCGCGAGAUUAAACAUUGUAUUCCAUGAGAUAGUAACUUACUGACGACAAUGGUGGACGGUGGCUCAUUUUCGUCGAUUGGUUGAAGUUAGAUAUUAACAUCGUUGGAUACCUACUCAGUGGUCCAGAGGUUAGGCGUUUGCGCCCGAGACUGGUAGGUCCUGGGUUCGAAUCCCGCGGGGCGGGAUCGUGGAUGCGCACUGCUGAGGGGUCCCACAAUAGGAGGAAAAGGUCGUCCUCGUUUUCCAUGGUGGUCUAGCUUCAGUCGACUCACAAAUUCAAUUAUACGAUUGUUAAUAUUAUAGUGAACGAGAACACAAAUGGGAACAACCAAAUGUAAUUGAAUUCAAAAUUACAGAAUAUCUUAGUAAAACCUGAGAACCAUACAAUAAAUGCUUCGUUUGUAAAAUGUCGAUCAAGCGUCUCAGACUCCAUUGUUUCUUCAUUUCCACACCAAUCAUUCUCUGUUCUCAUUCUCUUUUCUUCGACCUUCUUCCGUCAGACAUUUCACUUCCGGUUAGUGAUACAUACUACUUAUAUCUGUCAGCAUCAGUAGUACACCUCUCACAAUUAACGAUCAUUGUUGGACCUUAUUCCUUUCUUAUCUGUCAUUAUUUUGUGAAUAUUAUAAUUGUUUUGAAGUAAUAUUGUUAUUGUUGCUAAAUGUGAUUUGUUUAUAUCAUGACUGAUGAAGAAUCAAUUGAUUUGAUUGCUUCAAAAAUUCAUCUUCUACAAAGAUCUCAAUUUAUUAAUCUACCAUUGUUACCAUUAUUACUAUUAUCGGAUUUUAAUUCAUCAUCAAUUCAGAAUAACUUAUCAACCUCUAAAAAUUAUGCAAAUCCUCCUCCUACUCCUCUUCCUCCUACAAGUUUUACUAUGAAUAGUAAUAAAGAUGUGGAGAAAAACAAAUCUUCACUAAGAAAUUCCAAUCAUACAAAUGAUUGGUCUAGAUUAAAUAAUAUAUCUGAUACAAAGCUUGGACAAUCUACUUAAUGGAGGUUUAAGAACCAGUGAAAUUACAGAAAUAAUCGGUAAAUCUUCUUGUGGGAAAACUCAAUUCUGCCUUUCUGUAUGUGCUUCUGUACUUCGAAAUUAUAAAACUGUGUCCAUCAUCUAUCUGGAUACAAAGGGUGAUUUUAUUGCAGAUAGAUUACUAGAAUAUCUUAAAAAGCAAAAUCUCAAACACGCUAAUGUGCCGACGAAUGCAGCAACAAAAGAUGAAUAUGGAACUUCCAAUGUUCCAAACCAUGAUAUCAAACAAUAUCUCACUAGGAUUCGUUGUUGUUUAGUACCAACAUUUGGCCAUCUCAUUGAUUCACUAAUAACCAUACGAAUGCAUAUAGAUAAAGCACAACGUCAUCUACAUAGUUUAUCCACUCCUACUGAAGAAUUUUUCUCAAAUUGUAAACUUAUUAUUAUAGAUAGUUUAACAAUACCAUUUUUAUCGUGUAUGUCCACUUUACCACAAUUGGGUAUAUCACAACUUGCUCUUAUUAUAUCUGAACUACAACGUUUAUCUACAUUAUAUCAUUGUACUAUCUUAGUUACUAAUCAUGCACGAUCUCAAUUUAUUAAUUUUUUAAAUAAACAACAAUUUAAUCGAAAUUCAUGUUCAUUACCACCAACUUCAAUUGGUUGCCUUGGUAUCAAUUGGUCAUUAAUACCGAAUCAUCGUGUUUUGUUUAAAUGUUUAACACAAUGGACAAACUCUCUAUCUUGUAAAAUUAAAGUCCAAUUAGUAAAUAAUAAUUUACAUAAAAUAAAUAAACAAACAAAUCAUUGUAAUAAACAUCAAUGUAAUUCUGAAACAGUUUGGGAAUUUAUUGUGUAAUGAAUACUCCAACCUAUAUGAGAAGAUGAUAUAAACAGGUACUGUCUAUUUGUUAUAACCAUAAACUUGGUUGUUUGUUUAUUUAACUUAUUGACAAUUUUGACCUUUGCUCUUUCAUAUUUUAUCAAAAACUUCAACUUUUCUACUAAUACUAAUGAAAAACUCAAUACUAUUGUAAUGUAAGCUACUUAUAUCGAUAUAAGUAGUAUAAAACUAGAGUCAAAAAUAGAAUAUACUUCAUGUAGAAGACGGAUGUUUACAAAAGGAACCAUUAACUUUCAGACAAUUGAUUGAUAUUUUGCAAAUCAAGUAUUUACUAUAUAGUUCUCAGAUUUUAGUAAGAUAUUCUGUGAUUUUAUAUUCAAUUACAUUCAAUUGCAUCCACUCUUGUUCUCCUUCACUACACUGUCGAUUAAUUUGUUCCUUUGUUUCAUUCACUGUUCAGUUUCGUGUUAUGAACUAGUCGGACUAGGAUAAAUGUCAAUGAUAUUUUCGAAAUAAGAAAAUUUGGUUCAGCGAAGACUUCUCUUUUCAGUGAAUUCAUUUUCAAAGCUGUACAAUUGCAAAUAUAUAUAUAUAUAUAUAUACUUAUUUUUACAGGAUGAUAAUAAUACUGAUAAUAAACGUCUGUCAGAUAUAAUGACAGUGAGGUUAAAUAAACAAAGGUAAUAAAAAAUGUUCUUUUAAAAACACUUACUUACUUACUUACGCCUGUUACUCCUCGUGAAGAAGCAUAGGCCGCUCACCAGCAUUCGCCAUCCAACCCUGUCCUGGGCAAUCCUUUCCAGCUCCUUCCUUUUAAAAACAAGGAGAGUUUAAUAACCGUUUGAUUUUAUUAAUAGCUCAAAUAUUCAUCAAAAGAUAGAUAGGGAAAUUAUCAUUGGGAAAGGAUGGCUCAGCAUGAUAAGAUAUAAUGUGUAACAUCACAUUGAAUUAAAAAAGACAGAGGUACUGUUGAACAAAAAACACGUUGGGCUUAAAGAAUAUAAUUUUGACUUUUCUAUCCGUUCUAUCACCUCCCCUUCUUUUCCAAUUAAUUACGCGUGAAUAUAUUUUCGUACUCUCUGAGAUGUCCGACUGGUUAGGUGAUCGUGUUCCAGCUUCUUUUGAAAAACAAUCUGUUCAACCUUCUGAUUUUUAUGCUUUUCUCCUUUGUUCAAUGAAUAUAUAAUUCUCCCUCCCCCACGAAACAGUGUUGAAUCUUCAUGUACCCACGUUACAAACAAUGUGACUUUAUUGACCUGAGCUGUUUUAUUACUGACGAGCACCAUUAUAUAUGUGAGUCGUGGUGUGUGGGUAUACAUAGAGAUUGAAGGAUCCUUUUGUGACCCCUGAACAUUCUGGUUUCGCAAUUACUUCUCAAACACUUGUUAUGCCAAGGGAUUCUAUGUAACAUACAUGAGGUGUGAGAGCACACAACAUCUGCUACAAUGACAUCUGAAAUGUGAUCAGAGUGUAACUUCAUUCGAAACUAAUGAAUCAUUAAGAUAGUUAGCAUCUGAUAUAACAGCAUUAAAAUUUGAUCAGAAAUCGAUUCAUUUGGAACAUUGAUCUAACAAUGGUUUUAAAUUUCACCAGAGGUGACUGGAGAAUUAAAAUGGUAAGAAUCUAAUAAAAGAGCAUUUGAACAUUGUUCAGAGUCAAUAGUACUAAAGAAUACGUUAACCUCUUCUUCAAUCAAAAAACUAUUCCUUAUUACAUCAGGAACUGUAUCAGUUACUUCGUUAAAUAUGUCUAUAAUUUUUAAGUGCGAUUUCGAACUUGAUUGUUUGAGUACGUGUUCCUUCAAUGCACUGAUGAUCAUCAAAUGAGAUUGAAUGAACAUAUCUUCAUUGAACUGAAGGAUUGAUUUUACUUCUGUAACUGAAAUUGUCAUGUUCUUACACCAGUAUACGUGUCGUUUGUUGUAACAGUGACUUGAUAAAUAAAAGCAGUAGUAUAUUUAUAACUGAGGAAACAGGAUUCGGGGUACGGUAAACUGACAACUGAGUUAUAACUGGAACUAGACAGUUAUAUUAGAAGCUGAAACUUGUAAAUUGACUCUGUCAGUGAUUGUUAUGGUUCUCUUCUUUCCAAUAUUUCCUUCGCCAAUGAUAUGACUGCGUCCCUUAUAGUGUUUCUCAAUGCUUCAAGAAAUCGAAACGAUAACAGCUGCACAGUAUUAAAUAUAACGUUUUCGGUAUCCGUGACAAUAUUUGAAAGCACAUACCAAAUGCUAGAUUAAUCAAUAGCGCUCAUAGUUUUGAAAGACGAUGAAUAAUUGACAAAAGAAUCACCAUCACCGUAAUUCUGUACUCAGUUCUUAAUGGAAAGGAAAUAUCAAUAGUUACCAUGUUCAUGCCCUAAACAUGAUUGAACAAAACAUUAACUACUGACUAUUAUUAAGUAGUUGAAAUUAUACACAACAUAAGCUGAACAGAAGAGAAAUGAAAUCUGAAGCUUUAAAAUAAAGUUGGUAGUACCCUCACAACUUUUCCUUACUCUGAACCCAGACAUCCUUCAACCAAAACCACCUAGACACUGAAAUAGUAGGUUAUGCAUUUCAUGCAAUCCUAUCAACGAAGUACUUACGUGAUUCUUAAAUUUUCAAGGGUAUUUGGUCGUUCUCUUUAUCACACAAUAAAUCCUACUAGAUACAGGUGUCUAGUACAGUCUACUUAUUUUCAUAGUUCAAAAUGAUACAUCGUCUGAUUCCUCUGAUAUUAAGAUCAGUGUAGUCCUCCUGUACCAACCUGUUUCUACUAAAGGCUGACCUUGACAACUAGCAUUUUAAAUAGAAGUCACAAUUUUGUGUCAUAAGCAAAUGCAAAUAUUCCGACUUAUACUCUCUUCAUUAUGAUGACUUAUCUCUUUUGCUUGAAUAAUAUCACACUUUCUGUCUUUCAAAUUUUUACACCAAAUACUUGACAGUUCCUGGUUACGGAAUGUUAUUUAGGUCCAAUGAAGCUAACCGUGUCUAUUUAUUACCCUUGGUCAUAACUCCCCUUGUCCUAUGCAAACUGUAUAAGAUCAUACGAAUAUAUUUAUAAUUUGAUAGAUCUUAUAUAUUUAUUUUUGUGGUUGAUGUCUAGUCCAUUUUUAGUGAUAAACGAUGAAUCAACAUUAAGUGAUACGAAGCCUUAGAUUCGUGUAAGUCGAAAUUCUUUGAAAGCUACAAGGUCAAUACAAUCGUUAAUAUAAGUAUUUAGAACGUUCAAAUGAUGUUAGAGAAUGUGAAGAUGUUUCAGAUAGCGGUGGAAAAGAGAAGAUACAACCUGAAUGAGAUAGAAAGAAGUGAGACUUCAAGGACACCAUCUAGACAAAAAGACUAACUUCAGGAGGGCUAUAAUUCUAUUCUGAUCAUGAAGAAUAAAAUGUCCUACGUUUACAAUUAUUUGUACUGAUAUUGUUCGAAGAAGCACAUAAAGCAAUUAUAGAGUGGGAAACCCAUUUCACCAGCAUCACGAAUGGGAUUCUUCACAAAGACCAGGAAGUAGUUAUGAUGAAUAUCAUCCAGUGUUACACACUUAACGAUGAGAGGAAAGGAAAUGAUUAAGACCAGUUUUAUGAGAGACUAGUCCAUCCUAAAUAGAUCCCCGAGAAAAGACCUGACCAUUCUGAUAAAAGACAAACGCAAGAUUAAUCACAUAUGAGUAGGCACUGAGUUCUUAAGGUUCACGGAAGACAUGAACGAAAAGAGGAGACAAUAUAGUUUAAGACCAUCACCUGACAAUGGUCAAGCUAAAAUUGAAACCAGAACAGCAUUGGGCCAUUAAAACAAACAUCACUUCACUAGUUUAAUACAGCUUUCCUUCGAGAUGUCAACAGGCUCAGAUAGUUUUCGAUAGCUGCC